AUGGCAAUCGAUACGUUAAACGACAGUGGAGUGACCCCUUCACAAGGCGGACAAGUACGACAGCACUCGAAAUUCUGGUUCGAUGAUGGAACAAUGAUCAUUCGAGCGCAUGAGGAUGGCUCUGAUAUUGUCUUCAAAGUACACAAAGGUCUUUUUAUUCGUCAAUUUAGACUUCCAGAGGGCACUACGUCUGGAAGUCCAGAUCUGAAUUCGAAAAAUGCAGCUUAUGGCUUGCCGGUGUGGGAUAUCCCAACCGAACUCGGAGUCCAAGUACAAGAUCUCAGUGCUUUGUUAGAACAUUUGUAUCACGAUUCUCCACUAUCCUCAGACUCACCAUUCUCUCACCUCUCUUCUAUCGUUCGCGCAAGCUCUCCACAGCAACUGAACUUCCCCACGAUCCAUGAGCUUGCCAAGAAAUACAUUGUGUCCAUGUUUCCUAGUGGUCCAUCCCCAUUUACACAUCCAGCAUACUUAGAAGAGGCACUGGCGCUUGCUACUGAAUAUCGGAUUUCUUCGAUAAGGAAAGGCUUGUUCUACAGCCUUGUCACAACUUCCGACUUUGAGGUCGAUGAUCCCCAAACUACAGCUUCCAGUGCUAUUCCCACCAAUGUCGAGCCGGACGUAGUAUUAUCACAUCUGUCAUCAUCGAACCCUCAAAUCAAGCUCUCCCCAGAGGACCUCGAGCGGUGCAGAAACCUGAUGACUGGUAUUAUGGAGUACUUCACUCCCGUGCUUUUUACCCCUCCUGCUACGCCCCAUAUGGCCUGUACAGAUGUAUUUGCAGACAAAUGGAUGCCUCUAGUCAUCCAACAUGCUCUAGGAAACGAUAGCGUAUACAAACCAUUGGAGACACUUGAGACCAUCAAAGAUAUCGAUUGGGCAGCACAAGGUCUCUGUGGGGUAUGUGUCGAGGAGAAGAGAGGAGAAUGGACACAAGAGCAGAGGGACAUUUGGGAGAAGGUAGACGGGUGGCUAAAAGAUAAGAUCUGA